AUGGUGGAGAGACGCUUCUCCAAACUCCUGCAGAAACUUUCCCUUCUCAGCUUGACACGCCAGUACGAGCCAGUGGAGGAUGCUGAGCUAGAGGGGCUGGUGGCUGAAGAACAAUGUGAGUUGAAAACCAUCGAGAGAGAAAAGGCAGUGGCACCUUUGCCACCCAAAGAGGCUUCUAAGUGUCAUAAAGAAGACUUGGCCAAAGCACUAUAUGUCAAUUUGCAAAGUGGGCUGUCUGAAUUCUCUGUGACUCAACGCAGGCUUAUCCACGGCUGGAAUGAAUUUGUAGCCGACAACACCGAACCAGUGUGGAAGAAAUACCUAGACCAGUUUAAGAAUCCGCUUAUCCUGUUACUUCUGGGCUCCGCUUUAGUAAGCGUGAUUACCAAAGAAUAUGAGGAUGCUGUUAGCAUCACAAUGGCCGUACUGAUUGUGGUUACAGUAGCCUUCAUCCAGGAAUACCGAUCCGAGAAGUCUCUGGAAGAACUUAGCAAGCUUGUGCCUCCAGAAUGUAACUGCAUAAGAGAGGGGAAGCUCCAGCAUGUUCUUGCCCGAGAUCUCGUCCCCGGAGACAUCGUGUGCCUCUCCGUUGGAGACAGGGUUCCUGCUGACAUCCGACUCAUAGAGGUUACAGAGCUCUUGGUUGAUGAGUCUAGUUUUACUGGAGAAGCUGAACCUUGCAUCAAAACAGACGGCCCCUUGUCAGGGGGAGGGGACCUGACGUCACUGAGCAAUAUUGUGUUCAUGGGAACCCUAGUCCAGUAUGGAAAAGGGAGAGGAGUAGUGAUUGGAACUGGAGAAAAAUCUCAGUUUGGAGAAGUGUUCAAAAUGAUGCAAGCCGAAGAGACUCCCAAGACUCCCUUACAGAAAAGCAUGGACAAACUGGGCAAACAGCUCACUCUCUUCUCAUUCGGCAUAAUUGGUUUAAUCAUGCUAAUUGGCUGGCUUCAAGGGAAACAAAUUCUCAGUAUGUUCACUAUCGGGGUGAGCCUGGCCGUGGCCGCCAUCCCGGAGGGUCUGCCCAUUGUUGUCAUGGUGACUUUGGUCCUGGGUGUCCUGAGGAUGGCCAAGAAGCGAGUCAUUGUGAAGAAACUGCCCAUCGUGGAGACCCUAGGUUGCUGCAAUGUCAUCUGUUCAGAUAAGACAGGUACCCUGACAGCCAAUGAAAUGACGGUAACUCAGCUGGUAACAUCUGAUGGCCUCCGGGCAGAGGUAAGCGGCGUCGGGUAUAAUGGAACGGGCACUGUGUGUCUUUUACCAUCGAAUGAAGUCAUAAAGGAAUUUUCUAAUGUCUCAGUGGGAAAAUUAGUAGAGGCUGGCUGCGUAGCAAACAAUGCCGUGAUCAGAAAGAACACUGUGAUGGGCCAACCAACAGAGGGAGCCUUGAUUGCCCUUGCAAUGAAGAUGGACUUGAAUGACAUAAAAGAUUCCUACAUCAGAAAAAAAGAGAUCCCAUUUAGCUCAGAACAGAAGUGGAUGGCAGUAAAAUGCAGCCUUAAAAAUGAGGAGCAGGAAGAAGUUUACUUCAUGAAGGGGGCCUUUGAAGAAGUGAUUCGCUACUGCACCAUGUAUAACAAUGGGGGGAUCCCCCUCCAGUUGACUCCCCAGCAGAAAUCCUUCUGCCUGCAGGAAGAGAAGAGGAUGGGCUCCCUCGGUCUGCGGGUGUUGGCUCUUGCUUCAGGCCCAGAGCUAGGUAAGCUCACAUUCUUAGGCCUCGUUGGAAUAAUUGAUCCUCCAAGAGCAGGAGUAAAAGAAGCCGUGCAAGUCCUUACUGAGUCAGGCGUGUCGGUAAAAAUGAUAACGGGGGACGCCCUGGAAACUGCUCUGGCUAUAGGCAAAAACAUUGGCCUGUGCAAUGGGAAAUUAAAAGUCAUGUCAGGAGAAGAAGUAGAGAACAUGGAGAAGCCUGAGCUCUCAGCCAAAGUCAGAAAGGUGUCGAUAUUUUUCAGGACAAGCCCAAAGCACAAACUCAAAAUAAUAAAGGCUCUGCAGGAAUCCGGGGCUAUCGUGGGGAUGACAGGAGAUGGUGUCAAUGAUGCGGUGGCACUAAAAUCUGCUGAUAUUGGAAUUGCCAUGGGGCAGACAGGGACAGAUGUCAGUAAAGAAGCUGCCAAUAUGAUAUUAGUGGAUGAUGACUUCUCCACUAUAAUGAAUGCAGUAGAGGAAGGAAAAGGGAUUUUUUAUAACAUAAAAAAUUUUGUACGGUUUCAGCUCAGCACGAGUAUUUCUGCGUUAAGCCUGAUUACUCUGUCAACCAUAUUUAACUUACCCAACCCCCUCAAUGCAAUGCAGAUUCUUUGGAUCAACAUUAUCAUGGAUGGACCACCAGCUCAAAGCUUGGGAGUAGAACCAGUUGACAAAGAUGCCCUGAAGCACCCCCCUAGGAGUGUGAAAGAUACAAUUCUCAGUAAAGCACUCAUCGUGAAAAUUCUAAUAUCUGCAGUCAUUAUCAUCAGUGGAACCCUCUUUAUCUUCUGGAAAGAGAUUCCUGAUGGCAAGGAAGUCACGCCAAGGACGACGACGAUGACAUUCACUUGCUUUGUGUUUUUUGAUCUUUUCAAUGCCUUGACGUGCCGUUCUCAGACAAAGCUGAUAUUUGAGAUCGGGUUUUUCAGAAACCGCAUGUUUCUAUAUUCAGUACUAGGAUCCAUCCUGGGGCAGCUGGCUGUGAUCUACAUUCCACCACUACAGAAAAUCUUCCAGACUGAGAAUUUGGGAGCACUAGACUUGUUGUUUUUAACGGGUUUGGCUUCAUCUGUGUUCAUUCUAUCAGAGCUCAUCAAACUAUGUGAAAAAUAUUGCUGCAGAACUGAGAAAGACAAGACUCACCCCGAAGCAGUGUAAUGGAUUCCAACCAGUGAAACAUUUUUAUAAAUAGUGUAUAUUUUUGCUGAAACUGUGACCUUUUUUUCAGAGAUGCACACAAAGACAUAUUUUUAGAUAACAACAUCACUUAUGUUGAUGACCCCUUCAGCUGCCAGACUUGAUUCUUCUCCUUUGAAAAACCUGCCACAGCCUACAUUGGUUUACCCUGGAUGGUUCCAAACUACAGCAAGCAAAGGCUAUUUCCACAAUGUGUUACCCUAUACAUGUAAGGGCUAUCAUUCUGGGCAUCAGUGCUGUGCCUGACAGAGAA